AUGACAUUCUCUCGCUCCCGCUCCCCCGCCCGCGCGCGAUCGGCUUCGCCUCGCCGUUCACCAUCCACUUCGCAAGCUCUGCCUGCUUCCCCGUACUCCGACUCCUAUGACGGCGAGGAUGACGACGGUAACGGCUACGAUAACUACGACUACGACGACGACGAGGAGUCGGGUGCUCAAGAUCGCGAGCUCACGCACGAGGAGAAGGUCCGCCGUUGCCUCGCCGACUCGCCCUCACCAACGGGUUCUCCAGUACGUCAAGAUGAAUCGCUCUUUGGUGCGGACGAGUGGAAGGCCAAGGCAGAGGAGUCCGCUCGUAAGCAUGGCGCCGAGUACAUCUCCCAUCUUCACACCAAGGACUUGUACCGCGUCGACCUUGCGGUGAAAGAGUCCCAGGGCGACUACAUCACCACACUUGAGGCUGAGGCCGCCAAGGUCAAGGCCCUUGAGGCUCAGGUCGCCAACCUCAAGGAGCAAAUGGCCAGUAUGCAGGCUGAGAAGGACAAGAAGAUCCUUGCUCUCGAGUCGGAAUUCAAGGCCCUCGGCUUGGGCACUCAGGCCGCCGCUCCUCCGACGCCCGCCAGCACCAAGUGCAGCAACUGGCUCAAGCCUCGUGCUAAAUGUUUCGCGGGCUGCACUCGUCUUCACCGGGAAGAUUUGAUCAUGGUCGCUGAGACCGGAGGCAGGGUCAAGCCGAUUGAGGAGCCGAUGGAGGAGGCUAUGUGA